AUGUUCCUUCCCACUGUGGCUAUCACUUUCUCUCUCUUUGGAGCGACCCUCUCUCAGUUCGUAUCUCCACCCACCGACCUAACCACUGCAACAGGAUAUGCAGGUUUCAAAGUUCGCUAUAAGCAAGUUCCGCCAGGAAUAUGCGAGCAAAGAUCCGACUUGAAAAGCUACGCGGGUUAUGUAGACAUUUCUCCUGACACGCAUAUAUUCUUUUGGUUCUUCGAGACCAGGAAUGGUAACCCUACGAAAGCACCUUUGACAUCUUGGAUCAAUGGAGGUCCCGGCAGCUCCAGCAUGAUAGGUCUUUUUCAGGAGCAGGGACCAUGUCGUGUAAAUUCGAUUGGAAAUGUCGUCAACAAUCCAUAUGCAUGGACUGAGGCCAGCAAUAUGAUAUUCAUUGAUCAACCAGCUCAGGUGGGCUUCUCGUACUCGGUGCCUGUGCCUGGUUACAUCAGCCCCGACGAUGGGUCCGUUGUCCUCCUGCCGAACGGUACUUGUCCCAACGACAACAUCACACAAGGCACGUGCGGGACAUACUCAGAUCCCAAUGUCACGGACACGCCCACAUCAACUUCAGCCGCAGCGCCCGCUUUCUGGGCCACUUUGCAGGGAUUUAUGGGGGCUUUCCCUCAAUAUUCGAGAGAAACCUUCCAUUUUUCCACAGAGAGCUACGGUGGACACUACGGGCCGGUUUUUAAUGAAUACAUCGAAAGUCAAAACGCUAAAGCCAUCCCCGGUGCGCAUAACAUCAGCCUUGAGACGGUUCUUAUUGGCAAUGGGUGGUACAAUCCUUUGAUUCAGACUCAAGAAAUACUGACGGGGAUUCUAGUAAAUGAAUGCGCUGCCACGGGCAGCAACGUCAUAUGUUCGGCCGCCGACAAUUACUGUGCGGAUAAUGUCGAGUCAAUCUACGAUGAGGUCUUGAAUCGAGACGAGUAUGAUAUCCGAGAACUUGAGCCUGACCCUUUCCCCCCGGAGUUCUACGUGGCGUACUUGAACACGCCAAUUGUGCAAUCGGCCAUUGGUGCAUUCCAAAAUUAUACAGAAUACUCAGCAGCGGUGGGAGAUGCGUUCAAUACUACAGGUGAUGAUGGAAGAGAAGACGGAACCGUCGCAGACAUGUUGGAACUGCUGGAACAAGGUAUCACGGUCAUGAUGUAUACGGGAGAUGCAGACUAUAAUUGCAAUUGGCUCGGCGGCGAGGUGGUCAGUAUCGAAAUAGGACAGCCGGGCUUCAAUUGCAGUGGCUACACCAAUGUCUUAACGUCUGAUGGCAUUGUUCACGGCCAAGUCAAGCAGAGCGGCGCGUUUAGUUUCGUGAGAAUCUACGAGAGCGGACAUAUCUUCAUUCAGGAGGUACCAUUCUAUCAGCCAGAGAUAGCAUUGGCUAUCUUUGAAAGAGCGAUAGCAGGAUUGGACAUCGCUACGGGAUUGGUCAAUGUGACUAGUGGCUACCGAACAUUUGGCCCACCCACAAGUGACUACAGGGAGGGCAAUGCCACCGUCCAAUUUGAAGUCGUCAAUACUAAUACGACAUACAACACCACUACCAACGAGCCUAAUCCGCCUUUAAUGGGUCGUUUUGCAAAAAGGCAAGGCGAGCAGUUACACUACGGGAAGGUUUUAAAGCCAGUGAAGCUAUGA